UGAAAAGAGAGAGUCACACUCACGUGGGUGUGGCCGCCCGUCUACGUGAGCGACUGCAGGAACGGGAUGAGCAGCUGUCGACAGUCGCUCUGUGUCCUGGCCCCGACGAGGAGAGAGUGGGAGAAUGGAUCAAACCAGUGGACAUGUGUCAGACGCUGGAGGCUCGACUGAGGACCAGACUGCAGAGAGUCCAAAACUACCAAAGUCCAGGUCAGGCCCCGAGUGCCUCGGCCUGUCUCGCUGCGCCGCCUGCUACAACCACAAGACGAGCUCCAUGUCUCGUCGCGGCGACAACGGGGAGUCCAGCUCCUCGGCCGAAGACUCCGGUCCGGAGGUGGACUACGAGUCGGAGGCGGAGUCGAGCUCCAGCAGCAGCAGCAGCAGCAGCAGCAGCUGCUCUGAGCCUGAGAGGCCCGAAGGUCUUCUUGUUCCUCUUGUCUCUGAAGAGACUGGCGAGAGGAGCUCACCACAGAGCGGAGAUGCUGCUGAGCCUGAAUCCAGAGGAGAGGACGCGGGAGAGACGUCGGAGCGGCAGCGAGACAAGAGGAACAGGAUGAUUCAAAAAGCGCCGCUUGUCAAAUCCUUCUCCCAGCCUUCCUCCCUUGCUCCUCGCCCCGACCCUCUCUCCUUCCUGCCCCGCCCUCCGAGGAUCGUCUCCACCCUCCUCCUGCAAGUGUUGCCCGAGACCUGCGGCGACGCCGCCGUCUUCAACAUCCGCCAACAUCGGCCUGUGAGAGAGGACGAGAAGACGGAGGAGAGUUACGGAGGAGGAGGAGGACGCAGCAUCAACAAUCUGCUGCUUCCACAACCACUUCAGUGCCAGCAGAUGCGGUUUCCAGGGCAACCAACAUUACAGCAUCACCAGCAUCAUCAACAACAACAACAACAACAGCAGCAGCAGCAGCAGCAGAUGUCAUAUCAAUACCAACAACAACCUCAACAUCUUCCUCCCCUCGCAGCUCAAGGUCAAAGGUCACCACCACCCUCACGCCACCCGGCAAUGCCAACACCCCUGUGGGCACCAAACGCACCCUGGACGGAUCCGAACGCGCUCACUCCACAACCGUGCUGGAUCUGUUACCGCGUUCACCUUCCCUACACAAACUGCACUCCUUAACGGAGUGGACACUGUAAGAAUCGGAAAAGCGACGCGGUAAAUGUGUGGAACAUCGGAGUGAAGAGAGACUGAGCCCCUGAGCGCCCGUCAAACUUCAGGUCUAACUGGGUUUGGAUUCUUGUCCACGGAGCAAUCUGAUCAGUCCACGAGAUUGUCCCGCAGCACGAAAAGAACAAACCCAAACAGAGUCAAAACCAACUUGUGUCUUCAGAGACGAGAGGAACAAGGAAGUCCCGUCCUGGUCCUCACAGAUCUCAGCAUCAAAGCUGCGAUGACAUGAAGAGUCAAACUGAAAACCACAGAAGAAGAAGAAGAAGUCGGACAUCAGAGCGUUCGUUCCCGUCUCACGUUCACAAAGCAGAGAUGGACAGUUUCCAGAAACACACACACACACACACACACACACACACACACACACACACACAAACAAACAAGAGGCUCUUUGUGUUUGUGUUUGUGUGUGUGUGUGUGUGUGUGUGGUUUGUUCCACCUACAGUAGCCACUAAGUCUCUCCAGAUGUCUCCACUGAGACAAAAGUGUUUUCCACUGCGACGGCCAACGCGCUGAUGUCAUCGGUGGAAAAGGACGCAGGUUCCUGAGUUGGGGGGUAGAAGAUGCAAAUAGUUGAGCAAGACACGGGGAAAGAGAAUAACUGCGAAAGACAAUUCUAAAAAAUAUAUAUAUAUUUCUCAAAAAACAAUCAGACUCGACCACACUGGAAACAUGUUUCUCGAAAAUGUUCUUAUACCAAAUAUUAAUCUGUGGUUUUUAUUGAGAGUAAAUAAAAAUGAUCCACCGUCUCAUUCUUACUGUUUUUGACAUUUUAUUCCAAGCUCUCUUCGACAUUGUUCUCUCUCCUUGCAGCUCAAUAACUGGUGCACAUGGAUUUCCAUGUCCAUGAUGUAAAAAUAUUUUAUGGCAUGUGAGUCUGGAGACGCUCAUGUAGGAAAAUGUUGGAACACGGUUUGGAAAAGAUGUAAAGUUCAUAUAAGCAGCUUCCUUCACGAUCAACCGACUCCUCUGUGUCCUUCUCUGGGAGCGGAGGUGUUUUAUGAACCUCCGGUGACGUUACAUUCACACAUUCAUUGAACUGCCAGUAUGGCAAUGACAUAUAAAUAAGGAUAUGUUAUUGCUGGCGGAGCGGACGGAGCACGAAUCCGGAUAACUUUUAUCAUUUUACGAGACUUUCCUUUGAUGCCUGCUCAUGAUUUCCUGAGACUCACGCUCUUCUAAAAUCCAAUGACCCUGCACUUCAUAAAGACACUUGAUGCUGAAAAACACCAAACUUUAAUUUAAUUUGGUUAAAUAUGGAUUCAAAGUUGUUAAUAUAAAAAUGAUCAGCGUUCAAGGUAAAAACUGAGGUUUGCUCUUUCUUCAACAACGAUGUGAGUCCUGAUUAUUUUGUGAUUAUUCAUUGAUUUCAUGUUAACUUUAGACCUGUUUACAUUGUAAAAUCUCCUCAGUUAUAUUAGAUGAACUCAUGUACUUUCGAUUAAAUCUGUGUGAUUAAACAGUAAAUUUGUCA